AUGUACGCGCACACCCAUCCGUCACUACUAACGCUCCCUCCCUCCCGUCGCCCACGCUCCCUCCCCUCUAACGAGAAUGGGGACUCCCCGUGCCUUGCAACUCCCCUUCCUCCUGCUACGCCACACCCCAUCCCUCAUCUCCCCUUCCCUCGUCUCCCCAUCCCUCGUCUCCCCAUCCCUCAUCUCCCCAUCCCUCAUCUCCCCUUCCCUCAUCUCUCCAUCCCUCGUCUCCCCAUGCCUCAUCUAAACCCAUGCCUCACCUCCCCAUCCCUCAUCUCCGCAUCCCUCAUCUCCCCAUCCUGCAUAUCCCCAUCCCUCAUCUCCCCUUCCCUCACCUCCCCGUCCCUCAUCUCCCCAUCCCGCAUCUCCCCAUCCCUCAUCUCCCCAUCCCGCAUCUCCCCAUCCCUCAUCUCCCCAUCCCUCACCUCCCCAUCUCUCACCUCCCCAUCCCUCAUCUCCCCAUGCCUCACCUCUCCAUCGCUCAUCCAUCCAUCCCUCAUCUCCCCGUGCCUCACCCCAUCUCCGCCGCACCCCGUGGCAUCGUCACACGUCGCCAUUUCCCACCUCUUCCUACUUCCCAUCCCCCUCUUCCGCCCUUCCUACCCCCUUCUCUCAAUCCCUUCCUCUCGCCCUGCCAUCCUACUUCCCAUCCCCCUUUCCUCGUUUCCCCAGACCUCCUUUCCCAUACUCCUAACCCCAUCUCCUCCUCACCCCAUCUCCUCCUAUACACAUCCGCUUCUUUCCCCUUCCCUCGUCACCGCGUCCCCUCCUCUCCCCAUCCCCUCCUCUCACCAUCCCCUCUUCUCCCCACCCCCUCCCGUCCUCUCCCCAUCCGCCCAUCCCACCUCACCACUUCCCUCCUCUUCCCAUCCAUCCUCUCCUCAUCCCUCCCCAUCCGUCCUUUCCCCAUCCGAUCCUCUCACCCUCCCCUCCAGGUGUUUCCCACACCGCCCUCGGCCCAGCAGCACCUUUUCAUCCCCUGUGCUUUUCUGCACCAGGGAGCUGCUUGGGGCGCUGUGGGCGGAUGGCGGUGGGCAGAGUCACACAGCAGAGGCAGACGUGGUGCUGCCUGUCCUCCCUUUCCCCCGUCCUCCCUCCCCAUCCAUCCUUCCCUUCCUCUGUUCCUCUCUUCCUCCAUACGUCCCUUCCUCCGUUUCUCUGUCCCUCUUUUCCCCUGGUCGUCCUUCUGUAUGA